CUGGAGCGGUGAGCCGGGCUCAGGAGUCCACCUGUUAGACAGAGCGGUUCUGUUCAUCGGGCUGAUCUUCAUCCAGUCAGCAGGUUUGAGGGCGGCGUUUCUAACCCGGCGCUCUGCACACGCGUCUUUUAUAGCAGCUCAGAAUGAAUCUCGAACCUCCCAAACCUGAGAUCAAGUCGGCCACGCGUGUGACCGGCGGCCCUGCGACCCCACGCAAGGGCCCGCCAAAGUUCAAGCAGAGGCAGACCCGGCAGUUCAAGAGCAAACCUCCGAAGAAAGGAGUGCAGGGCUUUGGUGAUGAUAUCCCCGGCAUGGAGGGCUUGGGCACAGAUAUCACCGUCAUCUGCCCAUGGGAGGCCUUUAACCACCUGGAGCUGCAUGAGCUGGCCCAGUACGGCAUCAUCUGAGCCUUCCCAUGGCUCCAAGAGACCCUGUGAGGAUUCCAGGCCGUGCACUUCAAAACACCUGCCUCAGGCUCCGCCCCUGAUCAAAACACCUGCCUCUGGCUCCACCCCUGAUCAAAACACCUGCCUAUGGCUCCGCCCAUGAUCAAAACACCUGCAUCAGGCUCUGCCCCUGAUCAAAACACCUGCCUCGGGCUCCACCCCUGAUCAAAAUACCUGCAUCAGGCUCCACCCCUGAUCAAAACACCUGCAUCAGGCUCUGCCCCUGAUCAAAACACCUGCCUCUGGCUCCGCCCCUGAUCAAAAACCUGCAUCAGGCUCUGCCCCUGAUCAAAACACCUGCCUCGGGCUCUGCCCCUGAUCAAAACACCUGCCUCGGGCCCACCCCUGAUCAAAACACCUGCCUCAGGCUCCGCCCCUGAUCAAAACACCUGCCUCAGGCUCCGCCCCGAUCAAAACACCUGCCUCAGGCUCCGACCCUGAUCAAAACACCUGUCUCGGGCUCUGCCCCUGAUCAAAAUACCUGCCUCGGGCUCCGCCCCUGAUCAAAACACAUGCCUCAGGCUCCACCCCUGAUCAAAACACCUGCCUCUGGCUCUGACC